CGAAGGCGGUCCGCGUAAGGAUCUCCGAACUCGCUCCUGCACCUAUCAGACGUCACCUCCAGCAGCUUCCAGCCGGCACGUGAACCAUCUCCGUAAAAGCUGGUCCUGGGGGAAAGGUGUCGCAGUUCCAAGUCCGGUCGGUGAGCCAGUACACACCUAGCUCUUGUUCGCGGUGCAUGUGGCGGCGGUAACGCGAAGCUAACCAGUUCCAACCGGCUCUCCAGCGACAUAUUGGAACCGAUUUCCCCGCGAGAACGACCAGCUCCAAAACUGGGGCGCAUCCACACGAGAGCCUUUAACAUAAGUGUGUGUGAUUUUUCCGCGGUGGUUUGCAGAGACCUCGACGAGCCGAAGCGCACCAGGAGCUCUCCGGGACGGCGCCGGACACUCCGGGACUUGGAUCACCCUAGCGAACUGCUGCGCCGCGACGGCGGUUGAUUUUCUUCAGAACUUCGAAUCGAGGAGGGCGACCGCGGCCGCGAGAUGACCGCGUCCCUCGACAACAACACUGGUGGCGACCAAAGAGACGGCGCCAACAAGGGCGCCGACGAUGUGUACACCGUAUCGGUGACCGGCGGCUACGACAACAAGGGCUUCAAGGGUGACGGCGACAAUGGCUGGCCAGGCAAACCCCCACGGGAGAUCACCGACGAGGAGGCCUCCUCGCAGGGCAAAUUCAAAAUGUCCACGAAGGAAAAGUGGCGGAUACUCAAGAACGUCUCCCUCAUCUCCUGCGCCUUCAUGAUCCAGUUCACGGCCUUCCAGGGUACGGCCAACCUGCAGAGCAGUAUCAACGCCAAAGACGGGCUAGGGACUGUUUCGCUGAGCGCGAUCUACGCCGCUCUCGUAGUUAGUUGUAUUUUCGUUCCCACGUUCCUCAUCAAGAGGCUCACGGUUAAGUGGACCCUUUGCGUUUCGCUCUUGUGCUACGCGCCCUACAUCGGAUCGCAGUUCUACCCAAGGUUCUACACGCUGGUGCCCGCCGGCGUGCUGCUGGGCAUCGGCGCCGCGCCUAUGUGGGCUUCCAAGGCCACCUACCUCACCCAGGUCGCGGGGGUCUACGCCAAGCUCACCGACCAGGCCGUGGACGGGAUCAUCGUCCGCUUCUUCGGGUUCUUCUUCCUUGCCUGGCAGACCUCUGAGCUCUGGGGCAAUCUGAUUUCCUCGCUAGUCCUCAGCAACCCUCAUGGAAGCGGCGGCGGUUUGAGCUUGAACGACACAUUCGACGGCUGUGGUGCAAACUUUUGCACGCAAAUGAGUUCCAGUAACGACAAUCUAGCUCGACCAGACGACAUAGAAAUUUACGAAAUCUCAGGGAUUUACUUGGCCUGCAUUUUCGCAGCGGUGCUGCUUAUCGCCACGACUGUGGAUCCUCUAUCAAGAUAUGGCGAGAAAAGGCGAUCCAGCAGCGGCCAGGCCGAGAUGACCCCCAUCCAACUCCUCUCGGCCACGGCUUACCAGAUGAAGAAACCCUACCAGCAGUUGCUCAUUCCCAUCACAAUAUGGAUCGGCAUGGAGCAAGCCUUCAUCGGCGCCGACUUCACCCAGGCCUUCGUGUCCUGCGCCUUGGGGAUCCCCUCAGUAGGCUACGUGAUGAUCUGCUUCGGCGUUGUCAACGCCAUCUGUUGCCUGCUCUUCGGCUCGGUGAUGAAGUACAUCGGGAGGGCGCCCAUCAUGGCUCUGGGCUGCCUGGUACACACGGGCCUGCAAGUAUGGCUGCUGCUGUGGCGGCCGCACCCAUCCAACCCCAUCAUCUUCUUCGUGGCGGCGGGUAUGUGGGGCGUCGGGGACGCCGUGUGGCAGACGCAAGUCAAUGGUCUCUACGGUACCCUCUUCCGAAGGAACAAAGAACCAGCCUUCUCCAACUACCGUCUAUGGGAGAGCGCCGGUUUCGUCAUCGCCUACGCCUACUCCACCCACUUGUGCGCCCGCAUGAAGCUCUACGUCCAGCUCACCAUCCUCCUGGUGGGCUUCUUCAUGUACACCAUCGUCGAAAUCCACCACAUGCGUAAAAUCAGACGGCAGAAGGAGAAGGAGAAGAGGGCCGCCGCCAUGGAGGCCGCCAACAAGACCGCCAUCCAAGAGCCGGAGGAAACCGACGAUGAAAAAGACGAUAUUGACGAUGACAUUAUUGUUACACAUUUGUAAAAAAUCCCUCGAGUGCAAGCGCUUCGGGACCAGUGCACAUAUUACGUCAUUUUUUAUUGUCAAAAAAUGCAGUAGUAGAUCAGUAUUGUCCAUUUCAUCUGGCAUAAGUUACACUUAUUGUAUAUAAAGUUUAACAAAGCUAUACGUAUUUAUGAGACUUAAGAUUAGCGGUUUUUGUUCUCGAUUUAUCAUUGCAUCUGUGAUGGUGAAGCAAAAAACCUUGCCUUAAAUUUUCGGAUACGGCUCUGGCUUUAUUCAUAAACAACGCGAUCUUCCCAGGAUAAUUACGUCGAUUGUGUUUUAGCCUUGAACAAUGUCAUUUUAGGAUUUUUUUAUAUUUCAAGUGCCAUUACAAGAAAACGUUUGAUUUGUUUAUGAAUACGGCGACAAAUUUCACAGUGCGUUCUUGUUCUGAGAAUUCUGCAGUUAUUAUACAUAUUUACUCAAUGCUUUUUACGCAUAAGCAAAACCGAAAAUUUUAUUUCGUGGUUUUGUUGUUAGUUUAUUUAUAUUAUUUUAUUUUCCUGAUAAUUAUAGAUAAUUGUGUACAGUAUAGUUUAUAAAUAUUUAGGUGUUACUUGUAAUGAUCAUAGAUUUUAAAACG